AUGAAGUUCGGUGGAGGUUCUGCCGGCGCCAACGUCGGGCUUAUUCAGUCCCUCCCCAAUGAGCAAAAGUUCGUUGCGCGAAAGGCAUUCGCAGACUCGCUGAGCACCAUGUGGAUACUCUACGUCGCAUUUGCUGUCGUGGGUCUUGCAGUCAGCCUCUUGAUCACGCGUAACAAGCUCGACAAACAGCACGAGGAGACCAAGACUGGAAUCGAGGUAGAAAAGGCGAAGAGGCUCGAGAGGGAAGCCGAGCGCGCAGAGAGGCGGAAGAAGAGGGCCAGUAAGGGGUCAUUACCGCUCGACCCUGAGGCGCAAACAAGCAAUCCUGAUGUCGUGAAAGAGAAGGAGACAGCGGUAUGA